CAGCUGACAAUAUAACCUCAAAAUCAAUCAACUCAAAAAUCAGACAACAAAACAAAUAAUUAUCUGAAUUUAAUUCGUUCGUUAAGUUGUAAAAUGACUAAACUAAUAAAUAACAGCGCUGCACGAUUGAAUCCAUGCUUAAAGGAACAAGACCAGUCCUAUAACUGCCUGGACAAGAAUAACUACGAUCACGAGAAAUGCCAAGUGUAUUUCGACAACUAUAACAUUUGCAAAAAGUUUUGGGGUCAAGUAUACCGAGACAGGAAAGCCAAGGGAAUACAUCCUUUUCUUCCCGACAUUGAAGAAAGAGAGAAAAUAAGGAUGGAACACCUCAACAUGAAUAAAUAAAAAUAAAGAUAUUUAGAUCAGUUCUACUAGGUAUCAUAAUGUUAAAUGCACAACUACCUCAGCCAUUUUCCCUUUAUAUAACAGGAACCAUAAGAAAAAAGCUGUUAUGUUUCAGUUACAACAGUAAUAACUGUAUGACCCCAGUAGGAUUGUGAGCAUUUUUUAAACAGAUUAGGUAUGUAGUCAAGGUUAUGAUAUUUAUUGUAAAUAAGUAUAUAAAUUAAAAGAUAUAUUACUACCUGUGAUUUUUAUUGCAUUACAUUUGUGUGUAUAUAAUAUGGAUAUGAAUGGAAAAGGAUAUUAAAAAAACUCACAUAU